AUGUCCACUGCAUCUACUGCUACUACGCCACCUGUCUCCAGGUCGUCUCUGGAUGAGUCCUUUAAGGAGUCCUAUAAGAAACUCUCUGGUCCAUCAGCUUCAAUUGUGAGUGUGUAUUCAGCUGCUUUUACUGCACGACUUAUUGAACAUGUUAUGGGCCGUUGUGUGAUCGAAGAUCUCAACCCAUUUGAAAUAGAGAAGCAUUACCACUUACAAGAAUGGUACUAUUGCUUCAAGAAAAAGUUCAUGAGAACAUUCCCUUCUGGGGAGGAAUUUUUUACUCACCCAAGGGAGGAAUACGAAAAAUUUUUCUCUGGACUGGAAGAGUCAAUACGACAGGUACUGAACUGUAUGGAACAAUGUUUUCAUAUGUGUAUCAAACAUCUUCUUGAGAAUAAGGUUUUCUUUCCGGAGCUGAUGUUCUAUACUCGUGAGUUUAUCGAAAAUGAAUUCAUUCCUAGCAUUCGGGAUAGCGACAAGAACGCCUAUCUUGUGGCAACUCAGAUUCGCCGUACGAAGUUAGCGAUGCGAGCAUCACAAGGAGACUACAAGCCAUUGUUGUUCCACCUCCUUGCCUUGUCUGUUAGUCCUGAAAAAAUAUGGUGUCAAUUUCUCGCCAUCUUUGUACCCAAACUAACGACUCCCAAACUAAUAGAAGAAUGUACUCAGUUGUUUAGGAAAGCUGAAUCCAGUAUGAAGACUAUUGAGAAACAGAUUCAGCUUUGGUACGUGUCCAUUGCAGAGUAUCAUAAAAAUUGGCUCUCGAAAGGACCGGGCCGUGUCAAAAGAUUCGAAGUUUGA